CUCAAUCCGAAGUAUGUCGAAGUAGUGCGAUGAAAGCAUUGUGUGUUCGCGCAGUUCAAAUCGAUCCUACUAUCAAACUUUGAACGACAUAGCGAAUCCACAAUGGGUGUCAGAGGAACCCCCCAACCCCGUGGUGGAAUAAUAGCCAACAUACUCACGAAACCUACGAGAGCUUGCUACAGUGAGUCGUUUGGGACAGAAAUCAACAGCAUUAAGGGAAAACGCCGCUGGAGCCUAAAAGGGUUCGCCUUGGAGUUAUGGCACAAAAAAAUACUUCCCAGGUCGGACAGAAUUGUGGAGAAUGAGAAACCAGAGAUUUAUCGAAACUGCAACGUCCGGGAUACCUUUAUGGCACGUCACUGCUGGAUGGUUGGCCCUGAUGAGCAGCACGCACAUCCUACUAUUGUGGUCGUCUCCGAAAGCAAGAUUGUUCUUCGUCGAACAAUGCGAAUGCUCGCCAAAGAUAACAAGAUCGAGGAGGACGGUUUCAAAGUGAUGGGUGUAAAGACAUCGGACGUCAGAGAGCUUGCUGGAGAAGCCGAGUUCACUGCUGUAUUGGUUGAUGUCAUGGAAGAUGCAGGCUUUAUUCAUUCCAGCCUUUGUGGGAGACAGUUUUUUGUCAACGAUACAAAGAAGAAAGCUGCUAUCGGCGG